AUGCGCGCCAACCCCGGCCACGACCUCUACGUGCUGCCGGAGCUGUCGUCCGCGGGCUACGGCGUCGACACGUUCCAUUGCCGCGAGCGGCUCGCCGAGCCGCCGCUCAACGGGCCGAGUUUCAACCGCUUCUCGCGGCUCGCCGUCGAGCUGGACGCGUUCGUCGCCUACGGCAUCCUGCGGAGGAACAUCGGCGACACGUACUACAUCUGCCACGUCGUCGUGGGACCCCACGGCCGGCCCGUCUGCUACUACGACAAGAUGCAUCUGUGCGACAUGGGCGCCUGCGCCGAGGGCGCGCAGGGCGUGACCGCGGGCGCGGCGGAGCCGUGCGCGUUCUACUGCCGGGGCUGGACCGUCGGGCUCUGCAUCUGCUACGACCUGCGGUUCCCGGAGCUCUGGCGCGACCUGGCCUGGAAGCGGGGCGCCGACGUCGUGGUCCACCCGAGCGCCUUCGUCAGGGACGCGACGUUCCCCUCGUGGCAUGCGUUCGUCUGCGCGCGCGCCGUCGAGAACCAGGUCUACGUGGUCUCCGUGAGCCACGCGGGCGAGGACUUCGGCGGGUCCAUCGCGCACCCGCCCUGGCUCGGCCCCGUGGCGGACGACGACGACGACUUCGACCUCGCGCCCGCGCUCGCGGACGACGCGGCGCCGUGCGCGCUCGUCUGCCGCCUGGACCGGCGCGCGCUCGACGCGGUCCGGCGCCAGUUCCCCUACCGGAAGGACGCCCGCCUGUUCGACGGGCCGCCGGUCGUGGAGACGUCCCUCCACGGCGAGGUCGCGUCGGACUGGCACGCGAAGAUCCACGGGCAGAGGAAAUAA